AUGAAGUACGUUUUGACGUUUUGCCAAUGCCAAUUGUUCAUACGGAACGCAAACAAACGUAUUCAUCGGUUGAUAAUUUAUCCGCUUGUUCCUUGGUCGACAGCGCGCUUACCGUCGUCUAUCCUGAACGGUCUAGGAACACGUUACGCACUCUCCUUUCCGACACCUCCUCAGUCACCUACUUUGCUGGAACAUCGGCGACAGCCAAAACGACGUGCAGAGUAUGCCCAACUGCGGAGCAACUCCGAUGAAAUAACAGACAAACUUCGGGGAUCGCAUUACUCUCGAACGGAUAUUCAACUUGCCAUGUACCGAUUUGCGCUGGAGACGUGCUUAGGAUUAACCUGUGCAAACCCCGGUGAUGGUGCCUUGCCGUUUACCGUAGCUGACGAUUGCUUACUGCUGGAUUUGGGCUGUGGUGAUCCGGUCGACGAAUGCUUGCCCAUCACAAAUUUAAUUUCUUCAUACACGCCACUGAAGGUGGGUGUCGAUAUUUUCGGCGGCAAGUCGUAUUCCUCAAGAAUCGAAUGUGUAUCGUUCGAUUUGACUCGACGUGUGCUGCCGUGUGCUGAUUCGAAACACCAACCUCAUUUGAUACCAUUUCGUGAUCACUUGUUCGAUUACAUUGUGUCCAUCUCUUUUCUUCAGUGGCUGGUCGCUAAAGACAGAUCAGACUCCCGUAAUCCGGAAACGGGAUGUCGUAUGAACUGGUUUGCUAAAGAAUUAACGCGUCUAUUGUCUCGAUCGGGACAGGAGAAGGCGAACCAGAAAUGUUGUGGAAAAUGUGUGAUUCAGUUCUAUCCAUCUAGUUGGAUUGAUGUGGAAUAUGUGUGCAAUUCUAUUGUCCAGACCAGCCCCAAUAUCCGAGGUUGUCGCAUACUUGCUCGACCCGUGCCGAACAGAGGAGUUAAAUUAUUUUUGUAUUUCACGAUUUCAGAUAGUGAAUAA